GAUCGGAAAGAAAAGGGAGUUAAUAUGGCUGUCCACAAUUUAUCUGUCAGUGUAGUAAGCUCGCCUUGUGCUGCCGACACGACGCGCAUAACAACCCAUUUAGUUCCCAUAAUUUCAGAGCUUCUUGUCCCCUCCCCUCCAGACACAGACAACAACAUACACCUUAAUAGGGGCGCGUCUCCGACACAGCCGCCGACCAAUAACCCGUCUGUCUGGGCAGAGACCAAGGGGAUGAGCGCUCGCCGAGGCCCAAUCAGCGCUUUUGUGUUGCCUGCCGGUGCCGGGGACUGGUCGUGAAGAGCUACAGCAGCGCUUCAGGAUCGGAGAGCGAACCCGGAGCCAGAGGAAUCUGAAGGGUAAAGGCGAGUCAGGAUGGAGCGGAUGUCUGAGGAGGCGUUGAGGCUGAACCUGCUGAAGCGGGGUCUGGAGGCGCAAGAUGAGCGGGACGAGGCACUGGCCAAGCGCCUGAAGAUGGAGGGUCACGAGGCCAUGGAGAGGCUUAAGAUGCUUGCCCUCCUCAAACGCAAGGAUCUGGCCGCUUUGGAGGGGGCGGCGGUUGCGGCAGCCAUGGCAGAGGGCAAAGGCCCCGGGGGCAGCCAGGGGCUGAUGGGAGCUGUGGCCUACGAGGAGAAGAUGAAUGGAAGUUUGAGAGUCGGGGGCCAUGGAGGUCCAAGUAAGAAUGGGAAGGAAAACAUAGUGGAUGAGCCAGUGGACAUGAGUGCCAGAAGGAGCGAUAUAGUUCGAGAGCGACGCACUCCAUCACCAGACGUUAUCAUUUUAUCAGACAACGAGGCAUCCAGCCCCCGGAGCACGCCUCACCCUGAGGAGAAACAGCAUCAGGCCAACCUGGAGAUGUUUAAGGGGAAGACUGGCGACGAGCGGCAGCAGAUGAUCAAAGCUCUCCGAGAGGAGCUCAGGCUGGAGGAAGCCAAGCUGGUGCUCCUGAAGAAACUGAGGCAGAGUCAGAUGCAGAAGGAAAACGUAGUGCAAAAGGUGCCGGUGGUCCAGAAUGCCCCGUCAUCAGUGCAGCUGUCACCCAUGCACAGCUCUCAGGGGCUCGGGAAACUACCUGUGCGGCCCGGCAUGCACUCAUCUGAGCCUCAGAGCCUGCGCACUGCACAGGGCCACACAGUAAUCAGGUCUGCUGCCAAUGCAUCUUUGCACCCAAUGAUGAUGUCACAGCGGGUUAUUGCACCCAAUCCUGCCCAGCUUCAGGGUCAGAGAGUGCCCUCCAAGCCUGGCAUGGGCCGCUCCUCCACAGGUGGUUUGGGUAACGCAGUGAGCUAUCAGCAGGCUGCCAGCCAGCAGGUGGGGGUCUCGCAGCGUUCAGGCUCGUCCUCGGCUAUCUACAUGAACCUGGCACACAUGCAGGCAGCAGGAGCAGCUGGCGUCGGGGUGGGUGUGAGUGGGGUUGGUGCCGUCAGCCCCUCCACCCUUUCCAGUGCCUCCAGCGUGGCUUCUCUGAACGACCAGGCCAGCAGCCAAGCAGCCGCUAAACUGGCCCUCCGCAAGCAGCUGGAGAAGACCCUGCUGGAGAUACCUCCACCUAAACCUCCAGCGCCCCUGCUGCACUUCCUGCCCUCUGCUGCCAACUCUGAGUUCAUCUACAUGGUGGGGUUGGAGGAGGUCGUGCAGAGUGUCAUUGAUAGUCAGGGUAAAAUGCGGGGGUCACUGCCACACGUGGAGCCGUUCUUCUGUGCCCAGUGCAGGACUGACUUUACCCCACACUGGAAGCAGGAGAAAAGUGGUCGCAUUCUCUGUGAGCAGUGCAUGACGUCCAAUCAGAAGAAGGCCUUGAAGGCCGAGCACACCAAUAGGCUCAAGAACGCUUUCGUUAAGGCUCUGCAGCAAGAACAGGAAAUAGAGCAGAGGUUGCAGCAGCAGGCUGCUCUGUCCCCCAGCUCUGCCCAGACUGUGCCCAGCGUGAGCAAAGGGGAGACCAUGAUCCGACACCAUGCCCUCCGACAGACUCCCCAGCCACAGGCCGCUCUACAGCGGGGUCUGUCCAGCUCAGCACGAGGUGUCCUCUCUAACUUUGCCCAGGCCUCCCAGCUCUCAGUGGCCAGUGGGCUGCUGGAUAUGACAAGCAAGCGCUGUGGCAGCAGUACCAGCAGCAGCAGUCGGGCUCAGCAUGACAGCCGCAGGCAGAUCUACAACAUCCCUGGUCUGAAUAUUGCCUAUCUAAAUCCGGGAGCCAUCGGGGGCCACAAGGCAUCCAGCCUAGCGGACCGUCAGCGGGAGUAUCUGCUCGACAUGAUUCCCCCACGCUCCAUAUCCCAGUCCAUCACCGGGCAGAAAUGAGCCCUGACGGGACUGCAGAUCCCCCUUUCGGAUGCCCCACCACCCCUCUGUCCUACAUCAGAACAUCCCCCAACACAUACACACGCACACCAUCACCCCAUCGCAUGCAGUGCCUGUCCGUGUGCCUACCCAACUAACCCAUAAGAACAGCUCAAUCAGUCAGACUAUAAACACCAGACUGUCAGUGCAUCUCAAACUUCGGUUUCCUACUAUAGCAAAGCUCUUUAUUGUUAUCUCAACUUAUUAUUGCUGUUGUUAUUGCUACUUCUAUUAUUAUCACAGUUAUUAUUAUUAUUAGUAUUAUUGUUGCUUCUGUUACAGUUACUUAUAUUACACUUAUUAGUAGGUUUAGUGGUUUUUGCAUCUUUUUAUGUUCUUACCCUUAUGUUUUUCUUAUCAGAGGGGGAGGGGGGGGUGUCAGAUUGCAGGGUCACUUAAAAAUAUAAAAGCUCGUUUUUUUGGUUAAUUUGAAAGCUUCCUCCCUCAGUCGCCCCUGUAAAAUUAGACUCGUUCUCUCUCAUGUCGUAUAUGUUCAGUUUCGAAGUUGGAAUGGUUAAAGCGUUCUUACCUGAGAGAGAGAGCAGAAUCUUUGUAGCGUUACACGCUUGAAAACUACAAAGUCCUCCAAGAACCUUCUGGUUCAGAAAGAGCGAGACCGACUCAUGUACAUUGAUCAGAUUGAUCCUUAUGCAGAGCGCUGCUGAUCUAGUCAGCGUUGGUUCUGCCUUGAGAAGGCCACAGGGAAAAUGGGACCUGCACUAGCACGGAUGAGUCCCCUGCUGUCGAAUGUACAGAGAGAACUGUAAAAUUGGAGUGCAUGAGCCUACGAACAGCAUCUCUCCCGUGUCUCUCAAUGCCUUCACUUUCACAGGAUGCAGUGAUGUCAUGUAAGUUUGUUUGUGGUGACGGUGCGUUUCACUGCACAGCAAAGAAUGAAGCCAGAGAGUUCCAUCAUCAUGAACUUUGUCUCCUUUUUGCUUUGUGUUUCUGCUUGGGUGUUUUUUGAUCUCUUUUUUUAACCCCCCACCCCCUCCCUGUCUUUACGGUUUUGUUCUUUUUUUUUUUUAAUCGGGCGGCGUCUCCAUCUGAAAUGGCCACGUAUCUUAAAGGUACUUGCCACUGGAGACGAUAAUCAUUGAAAUGGCAAAUAGGUGGAGUUAUUGGGAAAACGGUUAUGCGUAGAUUGUUAACGUGAGUUUUAACAGAAAGCAUUGACAAGGAUCAAUCAUCGUGUUAAAGCAAUGCACAUGAGAUGCCUCGUUAUGGAGGAGCACUUUUCUUCUUAAUAAUUGAAAAAAAACGAAAACAAAUGGAUAAGCAAAAGAGGACAAGAAUGUUUCAGCUCACAGGAUCUUAAGGUAUGGAUGCCAUCGGAUGUCUCGGAGAGAGCUGGGAGAAAGACUUUUUGUGCGUUGUGCGGUGCAUUUCAUCUUUUCGAAAGAGUCCGGUUUUUCAAACCCACAUUAUGGUACAUGUGUUUGUUUUAUGUUUGUUGAAUGAUGGUAACAAUAUAAGCAGUGUUUAGUCAAUAUGCAGUAUUAGGGAUUCUGUGCAGGAUGAUUUUGCAUUCUGGUUGGACUCACGAUUAUCUCUUGAUCAGAUUUAGUUCUCUGUUAGUGAGGUAGUGCUCCAUGUUUCGGUAACGUGGAUCACAAAUGGCUUUCAAAGGGUUUAACAUCUGCUUGUUGACAAGAAGUUGAGCACUUAACAUUUCCCCCCCAGCCUAAGCAUUUACCAUGACAUGUUUGGUUCUUUUGGAAAUCAGACUUUGAGGUCUGUCAUGCAGGUCAUGUUUAAUAGCUGUGAAGCUCGCAAGCUAUUAUGUGUUUGAUGGUGAAUUAAUGGAAAGAAAUCCAUACACAUGCGUUUUUCUGUCAUGUGUAUAGUCACUGAUCCUUGCAGUUUGAUUUAGUUUUUUUUAACUGUCCUGUAUAAUGCCACUGAUUUGUGGUGGAACGAUGCAACUUUUGAACAAAAAAUUUUUGAAGCUACCUUGGAUGAAAUUUUCAGGUGCAAUAUUAGAUAAUAGGAUGUUUACAUUUAUUAUUUUUUUUCCUGGUAAAUCAGUCCCUUUUAGUCAUUCUGUUCAAUCUUUGAUAUUAAGGGGUUGAUUUUAUCUUUGUUCCAAUUUUAUGGUCUGUAUUGUUUUUUGUUGUUCUUUUGAAAUGAACGUAGGGUGUUUAUAGUAACUCAUUUCUCUCUCCUGCUCUCUCUUGUAGACUAUAUUAGAUGCAUCCAUAUACCUGUGUUCAUAUAUUUACGAGAAAGUUGAAUUUUGAAGUUUAACUUCCUUUUGACUCCUCAAUUAAGUUCCAUUUUUGUUUGGUUGUUUAAUUUCAGCUGUUUCUUAAAAAAAAAAAGAAAAAAGGAGAAAAAAUCAAAUUUAAUCAAACAAAAAAAAAAAUGUAUGAACAGAUGAUGACACGAUAUUUGCUAGGUCAGAAGUAAUAAUGACUUAUUGUACAUAUGCUUUUUUUUUUCUCCCUUGAAUUAAAAAUAAUGAAAUGAAAUUAAAAUGGUUGUAUAUUGUGUAGAAAAGCAAACAAAAAGCCAUGAAUAUUGUGAAGCUUGUCAUUUCGUUUUGUGAUCACUGUGUAUUAUUGUGUAACAAAUGUGCAAAAUGUAUGGGAUUAUACUUCUCUUGUUUUUGAAUGAGCUCUUUAGAUGCAUUUUCUCCCCGGCUGUACGUUUUUGUAGUAUGUAGUAUUUGCAGAAGAAAAAAAAGUUCAUUGUUCUGGUGGAGCGUUUGAUCCAUUCUCUAGUCUUCGGACUGAGACAUGAUGGGACAGGCUCGUAUGUUACUUUUUUUGUUACCUAUCUUUUAUUUGAUUUUUGCUUUUUAUUUCAAACAUUGAAGUUACGUAGAUGUUCGGUGAACAAGUUUCUUUCUCUAAUGUCCCACACAAAGUGUUGAUCUUGCAGAACAUGGACUGGAUGAAACAUUUGACAGUAUUACCCCUCACUCGACCAAAUCCAAAGCGUUCAUCAUAAAUGUAAAAUCAAAACACGCUAUUGCUCAAUAACAUUACUUUUAGCUAAAUUACUGGGUGCAGAAAACCCUACAGGGGAGAUUGUGUACAUUUGUUUUCUGUUGCUUAAAGUACAAACUUUCCUCAGUAUAUCCCUUUUUUCUUUCUUGGGAAAAAAAAUCACAAUGCUCUUAUUUUUUUCAUGGAAGAUUGUAUACAUUGUAUACGAUGAAGAAAAAACUUUUGUUUGUUUGUUUUUGACUGUUCCAAUGCUUAUUGCCUUCAGCCUUUAAAUCAUAAGACAAAAAAUGGACAAUUUGCACACAUGCAAGUUUUGAUUCUAAGGUUUGUGACAUUAUUAGAUAUACUUUUACAAGUUUCAUGUCAUGGAAUCACUGUCCAUAAUUCUCUGACUGGACAAUCAGCUUUUCUGGAGUUCUAACGCUGGGGUUUACUUCUAAUUUUUUUUCUUCUUUUUUUUCUGCAAUUUUUCCUCUCCCUGAUUUUCGUUUGUUUGCAAGUAAGUCUUUUUUGUUGUUACUGAAGUGGGAGAGAGGGUUUUGGAUCCUCAUUUCUUUUUGAUUUUCUAAAUUUCAUCUGAACUUGCAAAUAUUUUUAAAUAGACUUAGCUGCAAUUUACCCCGUUUGAAUUUUAAAGCAAAUGGCAAUAUGUUGAAAUCCGUUUGUAAAAGAAAACUAUGAAUAAUUAAAAAUGUGUACAGUAAAAAAAAAAAAAAAAAAAUAAAAUACGGAGAUUGGCUUAAACAAUUAUUGAUUUUAGUCAAGGAAAAUAAGUUCUUUUUGUCAAGUUUUUAUUUUCAUUUAGAACAUUAAUCCAGACCUUUUGCACAUCCUUGAUAUUUAACUGUCUAAAAUGGUGAUGAAAAAAAUGCUGUUUGAUUACUGCCGGUUGAUUAACAACAAUUAUGCAUUGACUGAGAAAAAAAAAAAAAAAAGCUAAUUUUGGAGGAAAUAACUUUGUAAUAUUUAUCACUUGCAAGCUAUGUUUAAUAAAGGAUGGAACAGUU